AAGCCUUUGCAUACUUAAAAGUCACAAUAAAAACAGGAAAAAAUUACUUAAACAAAUACAACAGUGAUUUAUAGCAUUUGUUUUUGUAAAUGCGGCACAAAUGUAGUGAACAAGAGGAAGAAUUAGCUACAAGUACAAAUUAUUCAGUUAGCCUAGACGUGGACAGAGCCGCAAGAAACCAUACAAACGUUAAUCACGUGUGACUGCGCACCUACGCAAGCCCCUUUAUAUUAUUGUGUAUGGUAUAAAAUAUAAAAAAGUUCCAACAUGAUUGAGCGCGACGUCAUACACACAAAUAAAACUUCAAAACGCAUAAUGGACAUCAUGCAGGAUAUAAGUGAAUUCUUUGUGGUAUUUGUAAAAAUACUUUUAGAGUUAUUGCAUAGUCUUUUCGAAAAGUUUAUGACCAAAAAGCUGAAGGAUAUUAGCGGUGAGAUUAUAUUAAUAACAGGCGCUGGCCAUGGUAUUGGACGCGAAUUGGCGCUGCAUUAUACCGCAUGGGGUAGUGUUGUUGUCUGUGUCGAUAUAAAUGAGAAGAACAAUGAAGAGACUUUGAAGAAAGCUAAAAGACUUAUGCAAAAUUCUGUUUACGCUUACACUUGCGAUGUUGCGGAUCGUGAUGCAGUUUUGAAGUUAGCCGCCAAAGUUGAAGCUGAAGUUGGUCGUGUCUCUGUGUUGGUAAACAAUGUCGGCAUCAUGCCGACACAUCCGCUGGAGCAACAUACUGCUGAAGAGAUAAGACGCGUAUUCGAUAUAAAUGUCUUAUCACAUUUCUGGACACUUGAAGCAUUCCUGCCGCAAAUGAAGCAACAGGGGCGUGGUCAUAUCAUAUGUAUUUCCUCGAUUGCCGGAGUUGUAGGGCUAACAAAUUUAGUGCCAUAUUGUGCAACUAAGUAUGCUGUGCGUGGCAUGAUGGAGGCGUUGCAUGAGGAAAUACGCGAGGGACCCUACAAGGACUUUAUAAAACUGACAGUUGUUUACCCCUAUAUGACCAACACUGGUCUCUGCAAACGGCCAAAAGUGAAGUUUCCUUCAAUGCUUGGCCUACUGGAUCCCAAGGAGGUUGCCAAACAUAUUGUGGAAGCACACCGUUCAAAUGUUAAUGAAACUACAAUACCUGGUAGCCUGCUCCAUGUCAAUAAUUGGUGUCGCUUGUUGCCUUUGCGUUGUGGUCUUUUACUUAAGGAUUAUAUAGAUAGUGGUGUUGAAUCAGAUUUGUGA